AUGCUUGCAAAUACCAACUUGAAUUUAGUAUCAGCCGUUUAUAUAUUGUCAUUUGUGUCAACAGUUUAUGGACAACCAAUUCAUUUUCAUCAAGGCAAUGCUAUAAAGAAAAGAGCAGAUAGUCUUCUCGACAGAAUUCAAGAUGCUGCCAAUGGAGUAUUUUACGGAAGAAACCAAACAUCUUCAUCAGAUGCUUCUGAAUCAACCUCAUCUACUUCAUUCUCAGAAUUGUUUACUAGUGAGUCACCAAGCAGUGAAGACGUGCAAAGUUCCACUACAUCACAAGAUGAAGGAAGAAAUAGUAACAACGGAGAAAACAGUGACAGCAGUAGCGAUAAUGAUGAUCGUACAAGUAGGUAUAUUUUUGGUGGUAAUGAUGCAACUAGUUCGGACGAUUACACCUCAACAGCUUCAACUAGUGCAGCAACUACAAGCGAAUACCAGGAUACUACAAGUACAUCCCAAGGUACUACUUCAAGAAAUGAACCAUUCUAUCCAACAACGUCUUCAAGCAAAACUUCUGCAACACCAGAUGAAGAGAGCUCACCUACACAAGGUCGACAAACUUCUUCAACCGUUACAGGAGCAACAACAGAAGAGCCAACGUCAUCCCAAAACGAUGAUUCUGCUGCUACUUCAACUUCACCAGUUAACAAUGAGCAAACGACAUCAGCCAACAAUGACCAAAUAACCUCAGCCCACACUGAGCAAACAUCCACAACCAACAACGAUCAAAUAACCUCAGCCCACACUGAGCAAACAUCCACAACCAACAACGAUCAAGCAUCUUCAAAUAACAACGAUCAAACAAGCUCUUCCACAUCAGCUGCAUUUACUGUGGAGGGGGUUCAAAGUAGCAAUAAUGACCCUGUGACGUCAAGUUCGAACUUAUCCCCAGCAACGUCUAGUACUUCACAAUCAGAGACCUCUGGAGCUCAAACUACGUCAGCAAAUGUUCAGACAUCAGGAACUUCGCUGGCUGCUAAUGAUUAUUCGUCAUCUGGUGCAACUAAAUCUACUGUCAGCACUUCUUUGGUUGAACCCACUGAAUCAUCACUUGAAUCGUUCACCGCUGCAGGGUCAAGUUCCAGUGCUGCAUCGUCUAGUACUGAUAAAGCAGCAGCUACAUCAUCAACUGAUACUGAAAAGUCAUCUGAUGCUUCAGUUGCUAGUUCAUCAUUAGUCGCACCUUCGUCGUCUUCAUUCUCCAGUACAUUUGCUACCGAGUCUUCAGCUGACUCUUCAUUUACUGUUCAGUCUAUUACAAGCUCAUCAGGGGACACACUGAAAGUGGCUGGUACUCAAGAGUCAGCUAGUCAACAAUCUUCAGAAUUUGCUAGUCCAGUCACAACAUCAAUUGAAGCAGCAACAUCAAGUGGAUCUAGUUCAACAUAUUUGACAUCUGCGUCGGAAGCAACUUUGGACUACUCCUCAUCUGUAAGCUCUUCAUCAUAUGUAUCUGUUCCUGGUACAGAUGAAUCGCUGGCUACAUUUACUGCUCAAGCAUCUUCAAGCUCUUCUUAUUCAGCUUCACCAAUUACAACUUCGAUUAAUGCGCCAGUUUCAUCUUCAAGUUUGAUUGAACCUUCAACAUAUUCACAAGAACCAUCCAGUGAUGCAAAUGUUGAGUCUGUGGUCUCACCUACUGGAUUUGCUUCCAGUCCAGCUCCUGAAUCAUCAUCACCAUCAUCACCAUCAUCACCAUCAUCGGUGGUUGUAUCACCAACUACACUGUCCGCUGAAACAUGGAGCACGGUAUCACCUUCAGAAGCUGAGUUCCCUUCAUCUUCUGCUUCUUUUGAACCACUGGAAUCAGAAGUACCUUCAACAACUUCUCAAGUAUCAAUAACCCCUUCCUUCCCAAUUGAAAGUUCAUUCGAACUGUCAGUGUUCACAUCUGCUGAACCUUCGUCACAAGACUCGUAUGUCUCACCUGUUAUCACAUCUUCAGCUGAACCCUCAACAGAGUCUGUUGCUUCACCAGUAACCACAUCUUCGGUUGAGCCAACUUCAGAGGAAUCAUAUGUUUCGCCAAUAAUAACAUCAGUGGAGCCUUCAUCAGAGUCCGUUGUUUCACCAAUAGUUUCAUCUGCUGAACCGACUUCAGAAUCCUUUGUUUCGUCGGUGAUAACAUCUACUGCACCUUCAUCGGAGUCUUUUGUUUCACCUACAGUUUCGUCAGAGUUGCCAUCUACAGAAGUGGUUUCAUCUUCUGGCCCCACAUCAGCUGUUGAGCCUUCAUCAGAAGAAUCAUUUGUUUCGCCUGUGAUUACAUCAGCUGAAUCAUCCACCGAAUCUAUUGCAUCACCAGUGGCCACAUCUUCUGCACAACCUGGUGAAUCAUCAGGGGUCUCAUCAAUUGUUGUAUCAUCUGAACCUCUUUUGGAAUCACCAGCCACAUCGGCGACUGAACCUUUGUCCGAAACAUCGUUGGUGUCACCUAUUGGGUCGAGUUACAUAUCAACUCCUGAUGAACUGGUUACAUCUUCACAGGUUUUAGGAACUCAAGCUAGUAGUUUGCCAGAGACAUCGAACGGAGUUAUCAGUAGUAACAUUGAACAGACUACUCCAAUUGCUGAAACUUCUACAACCGAUUUAGCCUCGCCUUCGGAAGUGUUGGGCUCUUCAGCAGUUUCUCCAGCAACAAGUGUGACAGGAGAAUCAAGCAUUGAAUCGGCUUCUGAAGUUGUGCCACCAGUCAGCAGCGAAAUUGCCAGCCAAUCUAGUGGAGUCAACUCAGACAUUGUUGCUUCACCAUCAGCAGAAAUAUCCUCUGGAUCAGUGGUUUCGGAAUUGCCACCAGCUUCAUCAGCGCCAGCUUCUGCUUCCCCUGAGGUAACCUCAGCACCAACUUCUGAACCAGCGUCUUCAGCCACCAAUACCGCCCCCGAAGCAACCUCAGGCACAAAAACCACCAAGAAUUGGUUGCCAUCCUCAUUGGUAGUGGCGCUGAGUUCAAGUGAUGAUCCAAGUACCGAAACUGAUAGCGAUCAUUCAAAGCCAACAACCACUCCUUCAUUGAGUCCCGGAUUACCAAGGGCUAUUGCACCUGAGUUGACUAGUACUCCAGGUGAAAAUUAUGGCGUUGUUACAAUCGGGUUCAAGUCUGCUUUGAACUAUCCUUUUGUUGUUAACAAUACAAUUACAUCAGCUCAAAUUUUUGAAUACUUACCUGGCGUGUUGACUUAUCCGUUCGAUGACGCUAAAAAGUUUAAUGAAACAGUUGUUAAGCAAUUGAUUCCAUACCAAGCAACCAACAUUGACUACACCAUCACAGUUGCUGAAGUUUACUUCCCUACAAACUAUAUCAGCAAAUUAAGUCAAUAUAUCAAUAAUCAAAACUCGGCAUUGUACAACAACCCAAGUGGAAUCGAAAGCACAUUGGCUUCAUUAAUUGACUCUAGAAUUCCACUAACAGGCUUGGUUGAUUCGACCCAACUGGACUCAAGCUCAUCAUCGAGUGGAAAUGGACAGACAAACAAGUACGGAUCAAUGGAUGCAUCGUACAGUGGAGAGCAGAUUACCAACAAAGGAAGAAUUGCAGGAAUUACUGUUGGAGCAGCUGCUGGGUGUGGAUUAUACAUGUCACUAAUGAUUCUUUUGUUUAGAAGAUUUAGGAAAAACAUCAAAAACAUUGAAUUGCCACCAACUGACACUGAAUCUGAUUACACGAUGUCUAGUGAAGGUUCAUCAAUGACUGAGGGAGCCAUCACCACAGCAUCAACUGGGAACACUACAUCGUCGCCGUUUGAUUUCAAUUAUGGUGGUGUCAAUAUACCGCCGCAAGAAUACCCAGCGCCCCAAUUUCAUGUCGAUGAUGAGGACACUGCAAAUUAUUUACAAAACCCAAGCUACCAACCUCAAUAUCCACCACAAAUGCAACAUAUGGAUAGCAGGAACAAUUUCGUAUGGCCAUAA